AUGGCUGACUACCAGUACGACCAACGCCGCUAUGGCCCCCCGGGCAACACGCAACGAGAUGCCGCCUUCUCCAACAUCUUCGGCGCUGCCCCUCCGCCCGGCCGAUCACAGACCAUGACCUCGUCGGGCGGCGAGGGACCACCGCCACGAAUGCCACCACAACACGAUGGCCGGACGCAUACCAUGUCGUCAAGUAUGUCCAUGCAGCACGAUAUGCAGCGCCGCGCCCCGCCCAGACCCCAGCGUGGCUACGAAGAGUCCAUGACCAGAACCCGCACCAUGGACACGAGCACUGCCAACGGCUACUACCAAAGCCAGAGGAACCCUUCCGGUGGCUAUCCUCCCCAACAGUACAGCAGAGGGCCGAUGCCUGCCCCCGACAGGCGGCCUUAUCCGGGACCACCACCGCAGCAAGGCGGAGGUCCUCCCCCGCGGUUCGAUUCCAGGGCACCGUCCAUGCAAGGUCAGGGAUAUGCUCCUCGGGCGGCACCGCCGAGAUUCUACCAGGGAGCGCCCCAGAACUCCUCGGCGGCGCUUCGAGACGAUCCCUAUCGGUCACAGUCUCUGGCGAGUGCGCCUCGGCCCAAUGCAUACCAACCGCCGCCUGCCUAUAACCAACCACCGCCGCCCAACAAUUUCCGAGGUGCUCCGAACAAUGCGCCGCCGGCAUCACGGACGACGGCACAGGGCCGCGUCGUCCCGGAACGACACGAUGAUCGCGCCAUGUCCAUGACCGGCUACCCCCCGCCAGACCGAGACGCUCACCAAACCAUGAGCGGUCGAAUUAUUCCCAACCGCGCGAGAGCCCCCUCGAACGAGACACCCACCAUGAACGGCUUCUCUCAGUACAAUGGAUACGGCCCCGCCCCCGGUGCGGCGACCCGAACUAUGAGCAUGGCCUCCUCGACUGUCGCAGGCGACCACAGCAGAACGAUGUCAAUGGCUAGUACCAUUACAACGUCUGAGUCCCCUGACGACUCUCGCAGCAAAGACCUUGUUCACCGGCCUUCAGUGUCUUCGAGAUCGAUCGACGGCGAGAGGCCACCGACUGCCAAAAUCCGACCGCCCUUGGUGUACCCAGCCUUGCUCUCCAGAGUGGCAGAGAAGUUCCGUCAGAAGAUCAUCACGGGUGACAGGACCAAGAACGAGCUGACUUACAAGAAUGCGUUCAGCGGCUCCGAGGCUGUUGACGUACUCUCGUAUAUCAUCAGGACCACGGACAGAAACUUGGCCCUGCUCCUUGGUCGUGCACUCGACGCGCAGAAGUACUUCCACGAUGUCACCUACGAGCACCGGCUACGAGACUCUACAUCCGAGAUGUACCAAUUCAGGGAAACCUUGAUGGACGAACCCGAAGACAAACCCCCCGUGAACGGAGUCUUCGUGCUGCUCUCCGAGUGUUACUCACCCACUUGUACACGGGACCAACUUUGCUAUUCCAUAGCUUGCCCGCGAAGGUUGGAGCAGGUCUCGAGACUGAACUUGAAGAUGCAACCUGGAUUGAAGAGGGAGGACGACGCUGUCGCUAACGAAGACGAUAUCGACCAGACCGACGAGCAGAAGCUUUGGAUCAACACGGUGCCCAAGGAGAUCGCCGAGAGUGUGGACGACAGAGAAAAGAAGAGGCAGGAGGUCAUAUCCGAGAUUUGCUAUACUGAAAGAGACUUCGUCAAGGAUUUGGAAUACCUGCGCGAUUUCUGGAUCCUGCCCCUGAGAUCCAAGAACUCGCCAAUUCCAGCCGCGAGGAGGGAAAAGGUGGUUCGGAACAUUUUCAGCAAUAUCAUCGACCACCCGGCCAUUCACACCGUCAGUUCACGCUUCGCCAGGUCCCUGACGGAAAGGCAGCAGAAGAAUCCCGUGGUACGAAACUUGGGCGAUAUCUUCCUAGAGUUUGUACCACAGUUUGAACCGUUUAUCCUGUAUGGCUCCAAGCAGCUUGAAGCCAAGUUCGAAUUUGAAAACGAGCGCUCUGGCAACCCCUUCUUCUCCAAGUUUGUGGACGAGAUCGAGCGGCGGAAGGAAUCGAGGAAGCUCGAGCUCAACGGUUACUUGACCAAGCCAACAACGCGAUUAGCACGAUAUCCGCUCCUCCUGGAGAACGUUCUGAAAUAUACGGAGGAGGGCAACAAGGACAGGGAGGACAUCCCCAAGGUCCUUACUACGAUCCGUGACCUGCUGAGCAGAGUCAACGCCGAGUCUGGUAAGGCCGAGAACAGAUUCAACCUGCGGCGCCUUCACGAUCAAUUGCGCUUCCGCCCACAAGAUCGUGUGGAUCUAAGACUUACCGAGGACGGACGAGAACUUGUCUUCAAGACUGUGUUUAAGAAGGCACCUAGCGACCCCACAGACAUCACAGCCUUCCUGUUCGACCAUGCAGUUCUGUUAGUGAGAAUCAAGCAGGCUGGUAAGACGGAGGAGGUCAAGGCGUACAGAAGGCCUAUCCCACUCGAGCUGUUGUCAAUCAGAGAGAUGGACGAGGUCAUACCUCAGCAUGGGAUGAAGCGUUCAUCAUCCAGCUUAAUACCACUUCGAGCAGGUAACGCCGACAACAAGAAGACCGAAGGCUACCCUAUUACCUUCCGCCAUCUGGGAAAGAAUUUCUACGAGCAAGUCCUAUACGCUUCCAACCAAUCCGCAAGAAAAAAGUGGCUGGAGUUCAUCGACAAUGCGCAACAGCGCUUGCGGGCCCGUGCCGAUUUCUUCAACGUGACCAACAUAUCAAGCGGAUUCUUCGGAACUGGCAACCAAGUUAACACAGUCACACCCUGCGAUGGUGGCCGCAAAUUGAUCUAUGGUACAGACACGGGUAUCUUUGUCACUGACCGCAAGAACAAGGAUGCACCACCUAGACGUGUUAUUGAAGUCACAAGUGUCACGCAGGUCGAUGUCCUGGAAGAGUACGGUCUUCUCCUGGUCUUAUGCAAUAAGACUCUCAUGUCGUUCUCCAUGGCCGCACUAGAACCGAAUGAGCCCGCGACUUCGAAGCGAGGCAAGAAGAUUCAGAGUCACUGUACCUUUUUCAAGGCGGGUAUCUGCUUAGGUCGCCAUCUUGUCUGCUGUGUCAAGUCUACCGCCCUCUCGACGACCAUCAAAGUUUACGAGCCCAACGAUGCUAUGAGCAAAGGCAAGAAGCAGAAGGGCUUCGGUAAGAUGUUCAAUGCGGGACAGGACGAACUCAAGGCCUUCAAGGAAUUUUAUAUCCCGACAGAAUCCACGUCUGUCCAUUUCCUGAAGAGCAAGCUAUGUGUGGCCUGUUCUCGAGGGUUUGAGGUUGUCUCUCUCGAAACUCUGGAGACACAGAGCCUUCUGGACCAGGCUGAUACGUCACUGGACUUUGUGGCCCGCAAGGAAGGCGUCAAGCCCAUCCACAUCGAGCGUCUCAACGGCGAAUUCCUGCUAAACUAUACCGACUUCUCCUUCUUCGUUAAUCGCAAUGGAUGGAGAGCGCGACCCGAUUGGCGUAUCGACUGGGAGGGCACACCGCAAUCAUUUGCGCUGAGUUACCCGUGGAUAUUGGCUUUUGAACCCAACUUCAUCGAGAUUAGAAAUAUCGAGAAUGGAGCUGUGCACAUCGUGCCACAUAAGAAUAUCAGGAUGUUGCAUAGUAGUACGCAUGAGAUCUUGUUUGCGUACGAAGACGAAGGCGGCCAGGAUGUCGUGGCAGCCAUCGAUUUCUGGAAGAACAACCGGAGGUCCGAGAUGCCCUCGCAGGAGAAGGGACAGGGCAUCCAUUAG